AUGGAACGUGUCGAGGCGAACCCGGAGACGACGAUCGUGAAGAUCUCCAUGCCCACGAUAACGGCCUUUGUGCCCAUUCACGAGGCCAAGCGGGCUGAGAUUGAGUGUGUACCCAGGAAGACAUUUCAGUACGGUUCCACCGAAAGGCAUAAGUUGGACGUUUACUACCCCAUCGCCGAGUUCCCUGGAACGCCUCGCCCCGUCCUUUUCUUUUACUAUGGAGGCGGCUUCACAGCCGGUUCGCGCCAGCUGCCACCGCCCAUGGACGUAGGUUAUGGGUUCUUGGGCGCAUACUUCGCAGCGCGGGGUUUCAUCACCGUCAUCCCGGAUUAUCGCCUGGUGCCACAGGCGAAAUACCCAGAUGGUGGACGCGAUGCACUCGACGCUCUGCUGUGGGCAGUCGAGCAUCCCAGUGACAUCCGUCCUGGCAGCUCAGAGGUGGGCGCACUGUUCGUCCUGGCACACUCCGCGGGUGCGGCGCACGUAUGCACGGCGCUGCUGCACCAAGACUUCGACCGGACGCCGCUGGGGGACCGGUUGCGCGGUGUUGUUUUGGUCGGUGCUCCGUAUAGGAUUCUCGACGACGACAUCGUGUACAGGUACUAUGGCGGAGAGGCGCGCGCACGGGCUACUGAGCCGCUCGGUCUUUACGAGAGCGCAAGCGAUGAGGAGGCCCGGGCCUUUGCCAGGUUGAUACUUAUGGCGGAGGCAGAGCGUGAGCCGCAGGACGUGAGGGAAGCAGGCGACGAGUUUGAGAAGGCGCUAGAGAAGAAGGGAGGGAAGAGGGUGAACAGGAUCGUCGCGAAGAGGCACAACCACAUCAGUAUGAUCUGGGCCUUGGGCACUGGCGAUGCAGAGGAGUGGGCGGAGGAGGCCUUGGGAUGGAUCAUGAGAAGGUGCGCGCAUCGUUUUGGUAUCGCAGGUGCUUUUGGUCUGACCAUUCGUAGGCAGAAAGCGGCUUUGCAGGCUCCCGCUCAAUAG